AUGCAGUUCACUCUCUCCGCCGUUGUCCUCGCCCUCGCUGGCUUCUCCGCUGCCAUGCCCGCUGAGAACAUGAACAAUGGUCUCCAGCACCAGAACGGUGGCGCUCCUCGCUUCCCCGUUCCCGACAGCCUGACUGUCCAGCAGGCCCAGUCCAAGUGUGGUGACCAGGCUCAGCUCUCUUGCUGCAACAAGGCCACUUACGCCGGUGACACCACCGACAUCAACUCUGGCAUCCUCGCCGGCACCCUCUCCAACCUCAUCGGUUCCGGCUCUGGUGCUUCCGGCCUUGGUGUCUUCGACCAGUGCUCCAAGCUCGACCUCCAGGUCCCUGUCCUCAUUGGUGUCGGUGUCCAGGAUCUCCUCAACCAGCAGUGCAAGCAGAACAUUGCCUGCUGCGCCAACUCACCCUCCACUGCCAGCAACGACCUUGUCGGUGCCGGUCUUCCUUGUGUUGCCCUUGGCUCCAUUCUCUAA